UCAGGAAGGCUUCUUGAUAAUUGAUUAUUGGACAUGUCAAGAAUUCUUGUUACCUCUUCUUUGGCUUCACAUAGAAAGUACAUAAUCAUGGAAGAGAUUCUUAAGAGAUUGGAGUUGUUAGCAAAUCAAAUUGGAAACAUGAAUUUAGAAAACAAUGUUGUUGAGGUGAAACCAUCAAAAAUGUUGUUUGUUAAGACUUCUCUGCCGGAUGAACCUGAAGUUUAUGGUAGAGAAGAAUGACAAGGAUGCUUUAAUGAAGUCUUUGAUAUCAGAUGAUGCAGGCAGUAAUCAAAAGAUAUAUGAUGUCAUUCCCAUAGUGGGAAUGGGUGGGAUUGGAAAAACUACCCUUGCUCAAACCCUUUUCAAUGAUGAAGAAGUGAUGAAGAUGUUUGAACUUAAGGUGUGGGUGUACGUUUCUGAUAAAUUUGAUGCCAUGGCUGUGACAAAAACCAUUCUUCAACAAGUAGCUCCGGAUGAUGCUCGUAAUGACAUGGAUUUGAAUUCGCUUCAAGUCAAUUUGGCAAAGAAGUUAAUGGGAAAAAAGUUUUUGAUUGUUCUAGAUGAUGCUUGGGCGGAUGAUUAUGUUCAGUGGAAGGAAGUGAUGAAGCCUUUCAAUAAUGGGGUAAAAGGCAGCAAAAUAAUAGUGACAACAAGAAACAAAACAGUUGCAGAUAGCAUUGGAACUGUUGAUCCACACUAUCUUAAAGAAUUAUCAAAAGAUGAGUGUUGGGAACUAUUUGCGAAACACGCAUCUCGUGGAAAUCUUGAUAUGUUUAUUGAGAAUCCAAAACUAGAAAGUAUAGGCAGAGAAGUUGCUAAGAAAUGUAACGGCUUGCCUUUAGCUGCUAAAGUUCUAGGAGGGCUCUUGAGAUCGACGUUGAAUGUUGAGAGAUGGGAACAAAUAGCAGCAAGUAAUAUUUGGGAGAUAACUGAUAAAAGGAGCAAGGUUCUUCCAGCGGCCUUAGAAGUGCGCUAUCUUCCUGCACACUUGAAAAAGUGUUUUGCUUAUUGUUCAAUAUUCCCAAAAGGUUAUGUAUUUGAAAGACAGGAGUUGGUCUUGAUAUGGAUGGCAGAAAAUCUGGUGAAGCAUUCCAAAGAGAAUAGGAGAAUGGAAGAAGUUGGUGAUGAGUAUUUUGAUGAAUUAAUAUCUAUGUCGUUUUUUCAACUGAGGACCAAUUACAAUAAUAAGUCGUAUUUUGUUAUGCAUGACUUUAUAGUUGAUUUGGCUAGAGUUGUUUCUGGAAAAUAUUGUUAUUUGUUGGAGCAUAAUGAAGAUAUUGAUAAGUUUGAGAAGAAGACUCGUCACCUUGGAUGUGCCACGGAAGUCCUUUGUUAUGGCGACAAAAUAUCUAGUUAUGAUUUUAAGGCUACUCGUUUGCGAACCUUUUUGUCAAUAAGUGAUGAUUCCAAUUCAUUUGUUCUUCCUAAAUGUAUUCCUAUGGAUGUAGUGCACAAUUUGCUGCAGAAGUUGAAAUGUUUGAAAGUUCUAUCUUUUCGUGGUUACAAUAUCACUGAGUUGGCUGAUUCGAUUGGUGAACUAAAAUAUCUUCGCUAUUUAGACCUUUCUGGCACCAGAAUUGUGAUGUUGCCAGAAUCUGUAACUGUAUUGUACAAUUUACAGACAUUGAAAUUAGAAAAUUGUUAUCGACUUAAAACUCUGCCUAAAGAUAUGCAUCAUCUCAUUAAUUUGAGACAUUUUAUUAUCAGCAAAACUAGGCUAGUAGAGAUGCCAAGUCAAAUAAGUAAAUUGAUGAAACUCCAAAUGUUGACAACAUUCGUUGUGGGAAAGGAUAAUGGUGCUAAAAUAGAAGAGUUGGCAAAACAUCCAAGUCUUCGAGGAGCACUUUCCAUUAAGAAGUUAGAAAAUGUGGCCAAUAUUACCAAAGCAUCGGAUCAAGUCAAUGUACUAAAUAAGAAGCAACUUGAGAAAUUGAGAUUUUAA